CGAAGGGGAAACGGGAAGAAGACGGAGAAAGACUGCAGACCGGAACCUUCUUGCUGCCUUCCGUUUCCCUAGCUGCUGUAGGGAGGCAUUUGAGAUGAGGACUGGCAUAUACAGAUUGUAAACAGUAAAGCAGGAGACGGCUGAAUAAUGCUGCUGAUGUAUAUUGUCGUUCGCUGAAGAAGGAGGAGGGGGAAAGACGCAAGGAAGAUCACCUGUGGGCAAUAAAUUCAAAACAUUGUGUGUGUGUGAGUGAGGAGUUCCUGUGAGCCAGGAAAAUCCAGAUUCUGUGGACAAUUUCUGCUGAAUAGGCAACACCCUCCUAGCGUUUUUCACAUGGUUACGUUUAGAAAUCUAAACACAAGGACAAGUCAUUUUUCAUGAACACAUUUGCAAAUGGAAGUCAACCAAAGCAGCUGAAGUCAAAUGCCAGUGGCAGCUCAAAUUGCAUUAAUCCUGUAACUUCCAGGUUACAUCAGGGCUGGAAACUCCAGAGGCAGCUUUCUCUUCUGUUGGUCACCUGGACAUUUAUAUUGUGUCUCAGCAAAAUACCUCCAUUCUUCUGACCACAAAUAAAAUGGAAGCCUUAGAAGUUGAUGACAUCAGUCCUGCCUUGGAGGUGACUGAAGAUUUCUUUAGUACCUUUGAUGCUAAGCUAGAGAAUGUGCAGCCACCAGAGGUUUAUGGGAUUCAGGAAGUUCCUGAACUGGUUGGACAUGAGAUGUUUAAUAAGAUCACAGCCUGUGGAGACUUGAGGAAUGUUGCUUCUCUGGGGAAGAACAACCUUGUUUGGGAACACUGCAAAAAUGGACUCUUGGAAACCAAAGUACAGGCGGCAUUUUCUGCCAAAGAACAGUUUGGAGUGCAAAAGGGAACAGUUCCAGACAACCUCUCCUGGGUGGAACAGAAGGAAGCCUCAACUUUUAACAUCUUUAACAUUUGUCAGAGGAGAAGAGAUAGGCCACGUUCUGUGAAUGAUAUCAUAGUGCAGAGCGAGGAAACUGCCACUUUCAAGCCAGGCCAUAACCGCUCACGCUCAGAUAUCAGCCGUAUUGAUUGGGGUGUUGUCUUAGCCAGUGCACCUCCACAGCAGCCAUCUAACCAGGGCAACAGAUGUCCUAAACUUUCAUUCGCACCAACUGGAUUUAAAAAGGGAGAGGACAUUCAAGGGAAUACUGAACAUGAACCAACAUUCUCCAGUAUCUUGAAGAAGGGAUACCUUGAAGUUAAGAACAACCAUGGCAGCUACUGGCAGACUUGUUACGCAGAGCUCUCCCCAUACAAACUGUACCUGUAUUGGCUCGACAGCAGUGGCAACCAGAACCUUCCUACCAUCUAUCUCCUUUUACAUUUCCAAAGCAUCAAUGUGGAAACCAAGGUGGUUGAUGCAGUGCUGUUUGAUAACUCACAUCUACAGCUCAAGGCAGAGUCGCCAUGGGAGGCCUUGGACUGGGGGCAGAAACUUUGGGAAGCCGUGCAUCCUUCAAUACCAUCUGUCUUGAGGCCACAGGGAGACCUAGGGAAUUCUCAGAAGUUAGACAAUGACGACUGUGCCAUCAUUCCAAAGCAUGGGUUGCAGAAUGGACCUGCUGAAUCUUUCCAGUCGGCAUCUUUGACCCAAAAAAUCAAGGACUACCCAAACAUUCUCAAAUCAGGGACUCUUUACAGACUGACACUUCAGAAUAACUGGAAAGCAUUUCAUUUUGUACUCAGCCAGUCUUUCUUCAUGGUGUUUCAGACCAAUGGGCUUGAUGAAGACCCUCUCUUGAGCUACCAUAUUGAUUCGUGCCUCUCUGUCCAGACUGAUGUUCUGGAUGAUUGUGACUCUUGUUUUCAGGUUAUCUUUCCUCAAGAUGUGCUUCGUCUGCGUGCAGAAACCCGCCAAAGAGCUCAGGAAUGGAUGGAGGCCUUCAAGUCUGCUACUAAUGCAGCUAGAAGUUUGGGUCAAAACCUGCAUGUGACACUGAGAAACAAAGUCCAAGGCCUGUCUUGUGGAAAAGAGCAUAAGAAGAUCAAGCGCCAGUCUGUAACCACCAGUUUCCUGAGCAUCUUAACCACCUUGUCUCUGGAAAGAGGGCUGACAGCCCAGAGUUUCAAGUGUGCAGGUUGUCAGCGCUCCAUUGGCCUAUCCAAUGGCAAAGCAAAAGUGUGCAGCUACAGUGGAUGGUAUUACUGCAGCACCUGUCAUGUGGAUGACAACUUUCUCAUUCCUGCACGGCUAGUUCAUAACUGGGACACUUCAAAAUACAAGGUAUCAAAGCAAGCCAAAGAGUUCCUGGAAUAUGUGUAUGAAGAGCCCUUGAUUGACAUCCAGCAGGAAAACCCUAUGUUGUACAGACACGUUGAGCCACUGGCAACUGUGGUCCGCCUGAGACAGCAGCUGAAAUCCCUCCGAGCCUAUUUAUUCAGCUGCAGAGCAGCAGUGGCCGAAGACCUGCGAAGGAGAAUUUUCCCCAGAGAGUAUCUCCUUCAACAGAUCCAUCUGUAUUCUUUGGCAGACUUACAGCAGGUUAUUGAAGGGAAGUUGGCCCCUUUCCUUGGGAAGGUAAUCAAGUUUGCCACCUCCCAUGUAUACAGCUGCAGCCUUUGUAGUCAAAAAGGGUUCAUAUGUGAGAUCUGUAACAAUGGUGAGAUCCUGUACCCCUUUGAGGACAUUUCUACAAGCAGGUGUGACAGCUGUGGUGCUGUUUUCCAUGCAGAAUGCAAAGUGAAGUCUGUACCAUGUCCCAGAUGUGUGCGGAGGGAGCUCCAAAUGAAGCAGAAAUCUUUCUGGAGAAGACUCAACAUGGAUGAGAGCUUGGAAGAGGCUUGCAACAUGUUUGAACUGUCCUAUCAGAACACAUGACUCGAAGGAAUAUGCUGGCAACCUGCAGGGAUCCCUUUGCUACUGUAGAAUGAUUGCUUAUGAGGCAUCUUUGCGCUGCCAGGCAGAAUCCUUUACUGCAAAACGAUUGGUUGAUAUUCGCCUUUUGGUUACUGAAUAUCCAGGACCAAAAGAAGUCUGGAGGCUAAAUUGCAUUGAUGAAGUCUAGGUGAACCAGCUGGUUUGAAACCAAACGUAGUUUACUUGAAAUAUUUCCUAUCUCUUUGCAUUUAUUGUUAGAAACAUCUUAUUUAUGUGCAUUUAUUAUAAUGCUUCCAAGUGAAAUAUUUUGCAGAAAUAGCAAAGGUAGCAAUGCUAUUUAAAACCCAUAGCGUACUUUGGACAGGGUGCCUAUGGAUUGGUAGUACUGAGCUUAGAAAGAUGUUUUAGUGAAGAAUAGUUUCUUCCCCCAUCUCCCAAAAGUCAAUUUACUUGUAAGAUCCACAUCUAGAAGCAUACGUAAAUGUGUAGCAGUUCUUGCACUCUAUAUAAGCAAUGUGCUAAAUGCUGUUUAAGUUUGGCAUUACUGUUACUGCCUAUAGGAUAAGCUGCUCUCUGUUUAGAGCUGUCACACCUUUACACCUGCACAACAUUCUAAUUUUCUGAGUGAAUAAUUUAAAUCCCUAUUAUUUUCUCACAUAUAACACUUUAAAAUACACAGAUUGAUCUCUCACAAUGUUAAAUUGUGAUGUGCAAUACUUUGCGAUUGCUUACUGGUUCAAUACUUCCUUUUUCUUAAAUCUCGGAGAUGUUUUUGUGCACUAUAAUGAAGUGGUGAGCUCCAUCCUUUUGAGGAUUUCACUGAGCUGGGGUCUGGGUUUCUGCUGCUCUGUCCUUUUGGUUUCUACGUGAUAGAAACACAUGCUGAGACUAGAAAAGCCUCCUGAGCAACUGAUGGGAGUCACAUGCUCCAAAGCAGAAGGAAGAUCCACACCCUGCCUACUUAAUCGUAUGUGGGAUUUCUUUUCUGAUUCUGGACCAGAUACCACACACACAGCACCCAGAACCCAGUGAGCAGAGAUUGAAUCCUCAUCUGCUGACAAGGUCCAGAUGAAUUGCACUGCAGAGUAUGAAUGGAGAUAUGCCUUCCCAUAUUGUCAUGUGCAUGCAGAUGAGAAUGUGCAUCCUUGUCCCCUAACUGCUCAUGGGUCUUUACCUGCAUGCAGCUAGUAAUGCAUAACACUUUCUCCCUUCUCUAUUUAUCCUUCUCUGAAUUGUGGCCCUUGUCCUCUCCUAUGCAUAUAGUAUUUAAGGAAGCAUUAAUGGAAGUGAGCUAUGCUUACUUGCUUCAGUCCAGAGCAAGCUUGUGCAUUUAGAUCCAUACAUGGAUCUCUUGGGCAUGCAGGCUUCCCCAGUCAUAUCAGUGAAGGAUUCUAGUCCUCAUGCAUAUUGGCUCUCUCCACUGAAACAGGGAAGUUGUGGGAAGCAGAGCAGUCCUCAUGCCUUUCAGGAAUUGUGGGCUCAAGGCCACUUUCUUAACACUAAGAAACAUAGCAGAUUUAAUUUACUGGAACCUAUACAUGUUCCCAGUGAAACUUCUUGAAAUGUCUCCUUGUUUAAAAAAUCUCUAGGACUUUUUAUUUCCCAGUAUCUAUUUUUUUCAGGAAUUUCUCACAGGCAAAUAUAUGGAUGCAAAUGUGUAACCACAUUUGCAGGAAGCAAGUACACCGUGAAGUAAAAACACACAUUUGCACGAAUCCUAUCCAUUAAGCCAAGUAUGCUUGCAGUCUUCCCCUCUAAGCAUGUUCGUUUGACCCCAUCAACUUAGAGUAUGACCAUAUUUAAAAUAUAUUUAAAAGGAAGGACCCUGACAUCAAACCUUAAUGUGCCUUUAAAACAUGAAAAGAUAUUAAACUCAUCUAACUUGAAAAUUGAAUUUUAUCAAGCAGAGUUGGGCAGGUUGGUGCACAACAAAUACAGAUGAUGGGGAAGUAGUUAAAUGUGCUCAUUCUGAAAUGUUGUCUUCUGUAUUUAAAGCUUUACAGGAAUGAAUGGCAGGAAUGACGAGCGUUCACAUUUCAUAUUUUUAGAUGGGCUGGCUUUUACAAGUUACUCUUGUGUCUGCAUAUGUGCACAUGUAUUAACAUGUCCUCUGUUUUACUGGCUCCAUGACAAGAACCUGUGAACUUUAGACCCAACCGUACCUGAAGUAUGGCAGUUCAGAAGAAUCCAUUUUCUACUGCGUUAUUCACUUAUGUAGGAGCUUUGCAAACACAUUGACAAGGCUGUGAUACAUGAGAACUGCCCCCUGUUUAGAAUAAGCAACUUGACAAAUGAACGUAACUUGUGCUAAUGGCGCGGGGGUGGGGGCAGUGUCUGAAAACAAUAUGCUGCUGUUAGAUCAGUUAUAGGAAAAGGAAGUAGCAACUAUUUGUAUAAGUAAUAGCACAUUCUACAAUAAUUUUUUGGCUGUGACAGAGUCAACAGUUCUGAACUAUUUGAAUUCAACAUGUUCAUUGUGAUACAGCUGCUAGUACAUUUUAACAAUACAGUUUCUGCUGUUUUCAGUUCAUGAGAAUUCAAGAAUAUUGCUUCUCCUCUGGUUACAUUUCGCUCUGGUGCAUAAACCCAUGCAAAGACUACCCGAAGUGAACAAAUAAGUAUUGCAUUUCACGGGUGUGUGCUAUUUUAUGAUUAUAACUAUGAAGCAUUAGAUAUUGGUCUUAUUGGCAGAACUUAUGCUAGACGUCUCCUGUCCACAUGACAAAGAGCGGAAUGUUGUCUGUUCACUAGUAUUUGUAUCACAAUAUAAUAUGGUAAUAAUUUACCCUUUGAAGCUCAUUGCAGUAGCCACCACCGCACAACUAUUGCAAUAGACAAAUAGAACAUUUGUAAAAAUAUUUUGGGCCCAUCUGUUUGCCCAUCUCUGUGAUUAAGAGCAGCAGUUGCAGGGGAGUGGCAUUUUAAGUCCGGGAACUGGCACAGGGGCAAAUGGUUAGACGCCACCCCGUCUGUAGCCCCGGCCUCAAUUGGGGGAGCCCUGUGGCUGCUUUUGGAGGAAGCAAAAAUCCGAUUUCUAGUCACAGGAGUUGGGCUCUGAAUCUGUGCAGAAGGGGGGGAAACAAACCAGAACUUGUUGGGUGAAAGGGCUGAGCCUAUAUUGACGUUCCCAACUACAAGGGAGAAGAGUUACGGCAGUGUUACUAGUUUUAUGGGCAGGUCUGCUGUAGGAGAGGUCUCUGCCCCUGCCCAUCUAUUAAGCAAGCAUCUUUUUCAGGCAUCACACAAAUCUGUUUAUCACAUACCCAAACCACUGUUUCCCAGUGAAGCACAUAAGCUCUACAGCAAAUGCCAACCUCUCUUAAGUUACAGGGCCUGCUAAUUACAGGCAUCACAUGUUGGGACUGAGGUUGGGCAAGAUUUCUGUCAUCUUGACAUUUAUCCUUUGCCUUAAAAAAUAAAAAUAAAUAAAAUCACCAUUACUUCCUGACAGGCUGACAGCCAGACUAAACUACUCCUAUUUAAAUUAAAUCGUCCUCUAGAGUAACUUCUGAGUAGUCCUAUUGAGUAAUGUAGUCUGAAUGGCAACCAUAGUGCUUUGCUUUUUUAUUCCACAUGUUCAGUACCAGCAAGAUCUUACUCCACCAUCACAUGAAGCUGUGUUUGUCCUGCCUCAGCUGAACUGGUAUUUUAUGCCUGGCAAAUAGGAAGAAACCAUUCAGUGAUGUCCUCUUUGCCAGGGGAAACUACUUAGACCCCUCCCCCACCUGCUUUUUGGUUGCUUCUCAUUAUCUCACCUCUCUACCCACCACAACAGGUACUGCUUGGGAUGGAAGAUGUCCCGGUGCAGCACAAUAGAUGGGAUGUCACCUUGUGCCUGCAAAUUGCAAUUAUGGGAUCCUAGUACAACAACUAGAUCCCUUGGAUUAGUCUAAUCAGUACCAUACUUUCCAUCUCAGUUUAGUAUACUUGAGAUUACUUCUAACCUAAUCUAUUGUGAGGAAAAUGUAUGAAGCCAUUUCUCCUUUCAAAGGGUAAUGAUUACCUUGACAGGAUGUUUAAACAACAACUUUGUAUAGUGCUUUUUUGGUACAGUUUCCAAAAAGCAGUUUCAGCUUUUUGACUGUGAUGUUGCCUAUGUGGAUCAGAUUGUGUUUUAAUACCAGUAGCAACAUUCUCUUGUUGGCCAGGAUCAACACUUCUUGCUUCUGUGAAUUAAGGAAAACAAACCAGAACUAUCACGAAAAAUAAGGAGUCCCUAAUGUAGUGAUCUUCACUAUUUUUCAAGUGGAGGCCAUUUGGGCACAACACUGUCAAUGUGAAAGCCAUCUCCCACUGUGCUGACCUCCACACAACACUGCACUGUCCUCAGUGUUGAAAGGGACCCUUUACCAGAGAGGGAGCCCUCUCAGAAGAUCUCUAGGAGGAAAGCACUGGGAGAGGCUACAUUUCCCAUCAUUCUGUGCAGGCCUUCAAGAUGGUGCAGAGACUCAAGAGGCUGUUUCCCUUAAAGGAGCGCCCACCACCACCACCACCAGAGCUUGGCAAAGCAUAGCACUGCACAGUGAGAACAGUCGUCUCUGCAUGGUGCACUCCAGGGGGACUGUACAGAAUAUUUUGCUUUGGCUGAAGCUUCACGCAGGCCCAAUAAACAAUUAGCCAGGGGGCCACACGUGGGUUUGGUGGGGCUGCCACUGGCCCUCAGGCUUUACAAAUUGACACUGCCCUAAGGAGCCUGCUUUGCCAGUGUUCUUUAGGUUCUGCUGCCGCCAUUUCUUGUCUAGUAGAAGUUGUGAUACCAGGAAUUCGGGGUUGGGAUAACUUCAGGAUUAUUUGAGAUACUACAUUUUCUGGUGGAAGGUUCUAAUCAUAGUGAGUUCUGUGUACAACAGAACAUCAAAUUGCUACAACAACAUCAAAUUGAAAGAAACUGGAAACUGGGGGUGUUCUUUUAAUAUAUCUGUCAUUAUAUAUACUCAUUUAUACCAAAGUUGUUUGUUUUUUUAAAGGCAGAAGAUUUGUUUAAAAUGGAGUGAGGAUGUUUGUUUUGCUUUGUCCUUUGGGUAUAACAAAGUAUCAGUCUUUUUGAAAGAAUUCUUAUAGUUUUCAGUUGAUUUGUGGAUUCUGCUUGAGUAAUUUGGAAUUGUUAAUAAUUUUAAUUCCAGAUUACUCAACCAGAAUCAACUGCAAACUAUAAGAAUUAUUUGCCAAAAGGUCAUCUUUCUCAUUUUAGCUUAUUUAGUUAAUUUAAUUGGUGUGAUGAUUUAUUAUUAUGUUAUUUGUAUAGCUAGUAGCUAUAGUAACUAUUAGCUACCAGCAGCAUUCCCCACCCACCACUCCCAUAUCUCUUCACAACUGUUUUCUUCAUAGGAGUUUCUUCUAUGUCAAUUCAGAGCUUCCAUUAUGCAUUUUCCAAAAGGGAUUCCUAUAGCAUGGAGCCCCGGUAACAUCUUGCACUUGUGGUAAGCCCGUAGACCAGCAAAGGAUUCCAUGCACUUUUGCAGGAGAACCAUAUGACAAAAAAUACCUGGUUGACUUCCAGAACUUCCCUGACCACACAGUGCUGAGUUUCACAUUAAGGACCGGUUUCUACAUUCAGGAGAAUCAAGAGAUAAAGCUUUGCCUGGGACUAAACAAUUUCAGACUGUAAUUCAGGGAAGCUCACAUUGAAUGCUCUUCACUCUUUUUUCAUUAUCAUUUAAUCAACACCCUUUGCACUGGAAAAUAGCAGAUUUGAGAGAAAGUUUUGAUCCAGUCUACUCCUCUUCCUGAUGUGAUGUCCCCUAUGUGGGAUAUUGAAAACAUGCAGCCAGAAGUGGCACAAUUUGAGAAAAACAGCUAUCACUUGAUUCUGCUGAAUGUAGAAACUUGCCUGUUACAGCCCAUGUAGAAUCCAUAAAACCUAGUAAAACCUUCAUAAUUUGCUUUCUGAUUUUCUCCUGUAGUAGCAGUGCCUUAAUGCAGUUGUACACUGAUGUCAUUCUUCCUUUUUCUGUGUCUCUUGAAUAAGGCUGCAAUCCUAUACAUACUUACCUGGGAUUGAGCUUCACUGAACUCAGUGGGACUGAUUCUGAAUAGACAUACAUAGCAUCAUGCUGCACAUGGACUAUUUGGUCAACUUUGUCUAUCUAUAGGGGGCAAGGAAUUUCCCGAGAGAGUGAAUCCUGCUCCCAGUUCAUCAUGUCGUUCGCCGAUCUGAUAGGCUCAGUCAGUAUACAGCAUACAUGCAGUAUUCAUCAUGUUGCAUGUAAAGCAUCAUAGUUGAGUGUUAUUUGGUGCCUUAACUCUUAGUUUUUUAAAGGCAAAAACUCAAGGUUCUUGGCAAAUACUUUGCCCCUUCUCAAACAUUUUUCAGUUGGACCUCUAUACAGCUUGUUUGUUUUUCUGCAUAUAGUUUGUUAAGAACGGAGGAAGGAGGCUGCAGCUGUUUCCAUAGCUGGGAGCCAUUUUCUCAGAGCACAGUAGAAAUGCAUACACAUAGAAUUCUAAACUCAGGAGAAUUGUGGAACUGGACUCAUUAGGUCAAGUUAAACUGAAAUCUGGAGAAAUCUUGAAGUAGUUCUCUUUUGCUGAUUGCAUGAAAGUGAUAUUUAACAGCAUGGGUGACCUGGUCAUGCAUAAACUCACCAAGCACUGGGGAAGGUGGGCAGAAACAGAGAAGUAUGUGCCUACUUCAAUAGCACAUUCUCUAAAAGUGUAAUGGUACAGAAAAUAUAAGCAUGGCCUCUGCAUAAGAGCCAACAUGGUGUAGUGGUUAGAGAGCUGGACUAGGACCGGGGAGACCUGAGUUCAAAUCCCCAUUCACCCAUGAGACCUGCUGGGUGACUCUAGGCCAGUCACUUCUCUCUCAGCCUAACCUACUUCACAGGGUUGUUGUGAGGAGAAACUUAAGUAUAUAGUACACCGCUUUGGGCUCCUUGAAGGAAGAGUGGGAUAUAAAAUGUAAUAAAUAAAUAAAAUAAGGCUGACAUAGACGUUCAUAAAACUUUUCAUGUUUUGGAAGGGACCAUAUCAGGGCAGAAUGACUACAACUAAGUGGGAGAGUACAUGUUUUGCAUGCAGAGACAGGGUGCUCAGCUUCAAUUCAGUUAAGAGUGAUUUGUGUAGGAAAUUUGGAGAGACUUGGAUCCACUGCCAGUUGGAACAGGACAGUCGUGGUUUAGAUGGUCUGCUGGUCUGCUUAAGUAUACAGCCUCUUCGAGCAAAACAUGCAAUAGGCUUGCAUUCCUGUUUCCAGUAAAUAUGAACUGAUCCUUAACUAACAGUAGAGUUGUGUUUAGAAUUGGUGGAACUCUUGAAGGUCACACUAUAUUCAUUGACUGGUUUCCUGAAGAACUAGCCCAGUGGAGAUGCUUAUCAGUUACGUGUCAGAAAAUGCAGAUUGAUAGGGAACAAAAGCUGCUAGGGAAGUCUCAGUCACCAGCCCUUGCUUUUUGUUCCCCCAUUUUUAAACAUCAGUGGCAGAAACCUUGUUUAAGAAUGUCUUAGAGCCAGCUCACACACUCACCAACACUGAAAUGGCAUCUAUACAUUCAUUGGAGCAUAUGGGGAGGGUCCAUUGCUCAGGGGUAGAGCAUCUGCUUUGCACAUAGAAGGUCCCCGGCUUAAUCCCUAGUAUCUCCAUGCAGGGCUGGGAAAGAUCUGACUUUAAUUCUCGAGAGCUGCUUCCAGUCAGUGUAGACAAUACAGGCCUAGGUGAACCAAUUGGGCAUUCUUAUGGGCCCAUAAUAGGCCUGAUUCUAAACCAUUCCAUAGAAUUAUUACAAUUUUGAGCAUGUGGAACUAGCCCUUAAAACAUCACUGCAUUGCCAGAAGUCAACAUAUAAAAACACAUUGCUUGCUGUAAAAUAGGAUCAAAUUCCUACUAGGAAUGCAUUUUUAGUGUUCGUCUGCCAGCUCCACACAUGUCUUAAUACGUCCCACAAAAUCAUGACUGACUCUGGCACAACAUGGGAUCCUGGCGGUAGGGGAAAAAAGAAUUUAAAAUGAAGUGGUGACUCUUCAGAAAAGAUGUGCAUUAAAUCAUCAUGAUAUCUUAUAUCCAUAUGUACUGUGAAGUAUCCAAAGAUGUGAGUUUAAAACCAGCCCUCCAAAAGCAGUGUGAUUAAAUCGGAUUAUGGAUAUGGACCAUUUCUGCAUGAAUUUAAAUGUAGCUUAAAUGAAUGUUACCCAACUACUUUUAAAAAAUGUAAGUCAUUUGAAUUGCACUAAAUUCAAAGGGUUGUAUCCUAGGUGAAUGAAAGGCACUUCUAUUCAGUCAAGGGUGGGGGAGCCAUUUUCACGGACUGUCCCUUCCUUCUGCAUCCUCCUGUGCCUCUGAAAUUUGGCUCCUGAAUGUUGGGGAGUCUCUGAAGCAGGAGGACAUGGAGCCAGCAUGGUGUAGUGGUUAGAGUGCUGGACUAGGACCAGGGAGACCCGAGUUCAGAUCCCCAUUCAGCCAUGAUACUAGCUGGGUGACUCUGGGCCAGUCACUUCUCUCUCAGCCUAACCUACUUCACAGGGUUGUUGUGAAGAGAAACUUAAGUAUGUAGUACACCGCUCUGGGCUCCUUGGAGGAAGAGCAGGAUAUAAAAUGUAAAAAUAAUAUUAAUAAUAAUACAAAUAAUAAUGGGGCAUUGGGGGCUGCAGCAGAAAGGGAAGAUCAGUGAAAAUCACUGUCCUUUUGCAUUGAUGGAAGUUUAGAAUAUAACAAAACAUGUUUUAAAAGGUGCAGUUACUAGCAAUUUCUAUGAUUGUCACAAGCCACAAAACAAACAGCUACCUAUAGCAUGAAUAAACAGCAUUGAGUUGGCCCCAUUACCAACUUUGUAAUGGUAACCUGUUGCUUUUUAAAAGAAAGCGGUUGAUGGCCUCCUUUUUAUGUCCUACUAGUUGCUGUUUGCCCCCCCACCCCCCGGAAGUCUUUGAGAUCAUUCAGUUUUUGCCAGUAUUGUUUCUGUAACUGUUAAUCCAUCUGUAAGUAGCUCAGCAGCAUCUGCACUGUUAAAUAACACCGUAGAAUAACACCGUAGCACAACUACCUGUAAGUUGCCUCUUGGUGAAGGAGUUUUGUUGAAUGUUUUAGAAGGCAAUCCUAUGCAUGCUUACUUGUGAGUAAGACCCAUGACGUCCAAUAUGGCUUAUUCCCCAAUAAGUGUGCAAAGGGUUGCAAACUUUAGUUCUCCUCUGAGUAUUUUUCUGUGUAAAGUCUAUUUCCAAAUAUAUUCACUAUCAGUUAAUAGAAUUGGCUCUCUGUAUCCCACAUCUCCAGCAUAUUUCUACAUUAUUUUUAUUUUUAUGUACCUCUGGCAACCCAUUUGUGGACAAAGAUUUAUGCCAAAGGAGAUAUUUCACUGCUGAAUGUACCUUCAAUACUCCCUUAAAGCAGCCAAAGUAUGAGGGUUAUUACCUAACUCACCCCACCAUUUUUGGCUCUUAUAACUCGAUAUAAAGAAGUGUGAGGAAAUUUAGUAUUAAAACGAGUAGCAUUGAGCAAGGGCCAAUUCAGACAGGCAGUUUCCCCUCUAAACAAGCCAGUGCAGGCUCUCCUCAGGCAUCCAUUUGCCUACACCGCAUAAGAUGCAGCUACAGGCAGUAGUCACUUUUUAACCACUGUGGAAGCACUUCUCACAGUAACAGUUAUGGGAAUUGUCAAAAACUUGGUUUGCACAAAUGUAGAUUAAGGCAUACAUGUAGAAGGAAUGAGUGGAAACAUUAAAGUACUCUCCUUAAACAAUUUUUGGAAAUUCAAGUCACAUUAAUCCAUUCUACAUUGUCAAAGGCUUGCAUUCUGUUUUAGAAGAAUAACCCUGCUUUUAUUUUGGAGGAGUUGCGGUAAGAGAGUAUAUUUCCAGAUGAUUUGCUACCAUUAACCCUCUUUGAUCCUGAUAAUAAGUACAUGUGUGAAUUAUCUAGUUAAACUAAUUAGCUAGUCAAUUCCAGCUAAUUACUUUGAUUGAUGAACCAGCAAUCAUUUAUUCUCUAAAUAGUCAAUAAAACCAGAGGACAAACAAAUGAAAUGAAUUUAUCAAAUUAAUUUCAUAAGCCUUUUAGAUUUCUAAAUUCUCAUUUCCCUAACCUGUUAGAUCAUCUUCCCCUAGGGAUUUUAUUGGUUACUAGUGAAAUAAGCCACUCUGAAAUCUCUAAAGGGUUGUGUAUUAUUAAACAAUGUAGUUCCAAAGCUUGGUACUAGACAAAGUCACACAGAAAUGUGAAGGACAGAUAAUUGUUAAUGGAAAUGGAAUGAGCUGCAUUAGUCCUCCCCACCCCCACCCCGUGUAUAUGUGUGAAACAGGAUGCUGGACUAGAUGGGCCUUGGGCCUGAUCCAGCAGGGCUGUUCUUAUGUUCUUAUAUGCAUUUUAAGGAAGUUUUGUGUGUGCCUUUCUCUUUUUUGCUUAAGUCCAAACCCCGCCUGUGACCUUUACUUAUAAUCAGCAAAUGUAUCUGCAAAUUUGAAGAAAAAAGACUUUUUUUUCCUCCCAAGUUUUGUGAGGGAAAUAUACUAGCAUUGUUUACUAGCUGCUAAACUAAACUUGACAAUUGCUUCUUUAUUUGGGGGAGAUUUGUUUGUUUGUUUUUACUUUGUCAAAGGUGUUUUUAAAUGCGUUUCUUUUUAAAAAUAACCAAAACCCUGCAAUGGAGCCAAUAUCUUUUAAUUUAAUAAUAUUUUUAUUGUUGUUUUAAACUGUGCUUUUAAAUUAUUUGCUACUGGAUCAAUAUGCUUAAUUUCUUAUUGUUGGGCAUACAUGUCGUGUUAUUGGUUCCAAUCCACACAAUUGAAUUAGGUUAUAUAUUAGCAAUGUAUCUGGGUAUGGAGCUCUUUGUUAUCCAUGACACACAGCGAAGGGCCAACAGUCCCUACUGUAUAGUCUCAAUAAACAAUAAAAUAUACACUUGA